AUGCCACGAGGGCAACCAGGUCCAUUCGAUUCACGUCAGCGCCCGGCUCAUCUGGCCGUCUGCCAAGGUCUGGCCGACCGGCCAGACACAGGCGACCGUCUAGUUUCGCUGAGCACCCUGAGCGGGCCCAGAGUGUCUUCCCUCGACUUGCCUGAUUUUGGAGUCGCCUAUUUCGAAAAUUUUGGGUCCGUGGUCCGAAAGGCUCUCCUCUCUUUGAGCAAACGAUUCUGCUCGUCAUUACGUGUUGUGAUGGUGCUUAUCUGUGCCAAAAUCUAUGCUCAAAUAUUUAACAAACACAGACAGACCGGUCAGGUAGCAAGAAGCCUGGGUGUUGAAAGUGCCAUUGGGACUUCAUUUACAAUUGCCCCGCCUCCCAAUUCCCUUGCUGCCCCCUUCUGCCCCUCUGAACCACAUGAGUUCCUCUCCUCAACAUGA